AUGAGGCGCGUUGCACUUGCCAGUGCUGCCCUGGCCUUCUGUCUGCCCGCCCAAUGGGUGGCAGUUGCCUCUGCUGCUGUGGCAUGCCUCACGGCUGCGACUGGCCGGCGCCUCGGCGCGUCAGCUCGGCUCGGCGUAGCGAUCGUGGCCAGCGCAACUCGCUUGGACUCAACGCUCAGCCAGGAGCUCCCGCACGCGCUGGCGCGAAGCCUCUACAACAAACUCUACAGCAAAAUCGCGCUCUACAUCGCUCUACAUCUGCAUCGCUCUGUCCCGCGCCGAAUGAAACACGGAAAGGAAACAGAGGGGCGAGGAAACCCUUGGACAGGCCAAGUAGGCGCGGGCGCCGCGCUCCUCGCGACCAACCUCCUGCCGACGCCGCUCGCGGCUUUGCGCUCGGACGCCAUCGUGCACGAGACGGAGACGGCCGACACGAUCAUGGGCGAGGCGCAGCAGAAGGACUCGGCCGAGGGCACCACCGCUGGCGGGCGGCGCGUUUCUUGUUUUUGA